CUUGUUCUUCUGCUGAAGAAAAGAAGAGCGGGAUUGUUUUUACACGGAAGCAGGAACAGUUGUUGUCCAACACCUCCACCGCCAUAGUCCAGCCCACACACACAGCCAACCUGUCGACCUGUCAACGCGUAUUGUGGCGUGAGCUCAGAGAACAGACAGGUUAAAUUAAUUUGGUUUGUGUUUUUCUAUCUCUGCGCGGACACGAUGAGGACGGCUUUCCUGACACUCACAUUAUGUGUGUGUUUCUGCCUUGUCAGAGGGGCUCCAGCUACUAAUGAAACGGAAGGUAAACCUAAUAAAGAAAUGGAGAAAACUGCCAAACCGCCAACUCCUGAAGUCAAGAAAGGUCCGGGCGAAACUGGCAAACCAGAACCAAAAAAGAUAACCGACAAACCAGAGCUGGAAGUCAGUAAGCAAAGGCUAACAAAGACACCAAGUCUGAAAAGUCCUGGGGAAGAUAGGGGCAAAAAAUCAAAAAAUGUGAAUAAUCCGGUUUUGCCGGGCGAUCGAAAAAGUCACUCUGACAAAGAGACGAAGGAUGGGCCAAUCAACGGUAAGGAGCCUGUAACACUGCCAGCCGGCGCAGGGGAUGCAAAAGCAAAACCUCCAGCUCCCGCGGAUAACAAUACAAUGAGGCCCGCAGAGUCGGGAGGGAAAGACAAAGAGCCAGAAAGAGACAACGCCAAGAAGGAGACAGGAGACAAAGGCAAUGAGGGCAAGACUGAAGGAGACAAAGGCAUUGAGGACAAGACGGCAGGAGACAAAGGCGUUGAGGACAAGACUGAAGGAGACAAAGGCGUUGAGGACAAGACGGUAGGAGACAAAGGCGUUGAGGACAAGAUUGAAGGAGACAAAGGCAAUGAGGACAAGACUGAAGGAGACAAAGGCAAUGAGGACAAGACUGAAGGUGACAAAGGAAAUGAGGACAAGACUGAAGCAGACAAUGAGGACAAGACCGAAGCAGACAAUGAGGACAAGACUGAAGGUGACAAAGGCAAUGAGGACAAGACUGAAGGUGACAAAGGAAAUGAGGACAAGACUGAAGCAGACAAUGAGGACAAGACCGAAGCAGACAAUGAGGACAAGACUGAAGGUGACAAAGGCAAUGAGGACAAGACUGAAGGUGACAAAGGCAAUGAGGGCAAGACUGAAGGAGACAAAGGCAAUGAGGGCAAGACUGAAGGAGACAAAGGAAAUGAGGACAAGACUGAAGCAGACAAUGAGGACAAGACUGAAGCAGACAAUGAGGACAAGACUGAAGGAGACAAUGAGGACAAGACAGGAGACAAUGCCAAGAAGGACGAGACGGAAGGAGACAAAGGCGACGAGAACAAGACGGAAGGAGACAACACCAAGGAGUACAACCUCAAAGAAGAGGAGCCCAGAAAUGGAGAAGCAAGAGGGAGAAACCCGUAUGGCCCUUUAGAGGACGAGGCAGAAAGCAGUCACUUCUUUGCCUAUCUGGUCUGUACGGCGGUGCUGGUAGCAGUGCUUUACAUCACUUACCACAACAAGCGCAAGAUACUUGCUUUGCUUUUGGAGGGGAAGAAAUCCAAAUCUACGCGUCGACCUAAAUCCACAGGAUACCAGAAGCUGGAGCAGCAUAUGUAAUCUCGACUCUCUCUCUCUCUCUCGAAGCCAUUGAGCCUCGCGCUGCUGACCACACUGAGAGCUUGUGUGAGAAGAGAGUGAACGGAUUCUGGCGUUAGAUAUUUCGGCGUUGAUUUCACCCUUUUGCUAAACGGACAUUCUUCUCUUUUCUUUUUUUUUUCUUUGUAAAUAUGUUUAUUGCAGAACAACAUUGGGUUCAGACUGCAUUUGUCCAUACAAGCAACAUUUUUAUUAUUUUUUUUUUUAACAUUUACAAUAACAACAAUAACAAUAAGCAGCAACCAAGAACAAUUGUAAUUAUUUGGCGGGUUCUGAAAACAAUCAUGUUGAAGCACCAUAGCAAAUAUCAAGACUAAGAGACCAGAAAGUAAUACCGGGAGUCGAGAGAUUUAAAAAAAAAAAAAAUCGCUAAUGCCACAUUAUCAAUAUAUGGGACCCUUCAUCAUUCCGUUACCUCCCUCAGACCCCUUAAGUGUUCCAUGACCGGUCCCCACGCAUUCUCCCUCCCUGCAAUCAUGAAUCUGAUUUUCUCUAAAUGGAGGGAAAUCAUCUGACUUCCAAAAUCUCAAUACAAGUUUUUUAGCCAGUACCGUAUUCUUCUCUUUUCUACCCGUAGAUGCUUAUCAUAUGACUAUGCAGAUGACACUGUUGCCUUAUUGAGGGAACUAGUGAAAUUCAGUGAAGGUAGAAAAUAAGCAUGCUGUUUUUGGCACUUGUCGUAAUUCCACUUUUAAGGCAAUCUUGUAAUUAGACCUGACUAAGGUCCGGACUCAGGAUAUUUCAGUAGCAGAUGAAAAUAAUAUAAGCGUUGUUUGUACAGUACGUUUAGUGAUUGCACUGCGCACUAAAUAAGCCAUCUGAAUCUUUGUGUACAAUUACUUUGAGGUUGUUUUAAAGAUGAAAUAUAUAUCAAGGGUUUAGACGUACUAAAGUAUCCCAGUGGGAUAUAUAACCAUAUGGUGUUUGCCAGAUGAAUGUAACAUUUUUCCAAAUAAGAUGCGAGCACAGUGCUCAACCACUUUAACGUGAUGAAUAAACCUCUGUGCUUGAAGCAAUAGUUUUGGAAAAACUAGCUUACUUGCUGAGAGUUAGACGACAAGAUCAAAACCACACUCAAAAUUGGGCUGCAACUAACUGUUAUUUUUCUCUAUUUAUCGUUCCGUCUAUAAAAUGUCGAUCCCAGUUUCUCAAAGUCCAAGGUGAUGUUUUUAAAUGUCUUUUGUCCAAAACCCAAAGCUAUUUAGUUUAAUAUGAUAUAAAAUGGAUACAAAAAAUCUGGAAAUCUCCAUAUUUGAGAGGCCUAAAUAAAAAAAAAUAAAAAAAUGUUGGGCCAUUUUUGCAUGAAGAAUUGCCUUAACAAUUUAUCGAUUAUCAAAAUGGUUGCUGAUUGUUUUUCUAUCAAUCGACUAACCGAUUAGUCGACUAAUCGUUGCUCCAGCCAGAUGCAGGUUAACUUGACAUAAGGGCUGGAGACAGGAAACCAGCUAGCCUGGCUCUGUGCAGAGAUGAUAAAACCGGCCUUUCAGCACCUUUCAAAGCUCACUAAUUUAAACUCUUGUCUUUUAACUCUUAGGGAGAAUGUUGAACUAGCCCCUCAAA